GUCGAUUCUGAUCAACACUGUUUACUAGUCUCUCAUUAAGACCAUAAAGUCUCUCAUUAAGACCAUAAAUUAAGACCAUAAAGACCACUUGUUGAACUUGUAACGGUUGGGUGGUUUUUCAUGACUCGCCAGAAUUCUGCAAACCUACAGGAUGUCGAUGUUUCUGAAGUGCGUUACAGUUUUCUGUCUGAUGUUGUACCUGGGAGAGGCGGUCCCUUUCGUCAAUUACGUCCAACCUCCCCCCAACAAUAAGACGGUGUACGAGUUCUACUGGGACGUUGGGCACUGGGAGACCAUGUUCUAUUACGACGAGAAGAACAAGGCGGGAACCCCGGUCAGGCUGACGGGGUUGGGCCAGUUCGAGAGAAGGGACACCGACCGCGACGAUCCGGAAAACUGCAACAACACUAUCCCUAUGACUCCAGAAGAGGUAAUGAACGGCAGCGUGGUGGUAGCAGACGGGUCUCAUACACGAGUUGCGCUGGUCAACAAGGCUUUGCCAGGGCCAUCCAUAGUCGUCUGGAAAAAUAAGCAGGUGGCGGUCCACGUGACCAACAGCCUGAUACAGGAGGGCAUCACCAUCCACUGGCACGGUAUGACCCAACAAAACACCCACUGGAUGGACGGGGUGGGCAGCGUGUCGCACUGCCCUAUCAACCCGGGAGAGAGCUUCACUUACAGGUUUUACGCCUCUGAAGGCGGGACCCACUGGUGGCACGCCCACUCCGGAACUUUCCGGACUGAUGGACUGUACGGAGCGCUCAUCGUACUGGAGGAGGAGGAGCCAGACCUGCCGGUGUUUUCCAAUGACUUCCUUGUCUUGGUUCAAGACUGGGAGAGGGAGGAUUCCCUAGACACGUAUCUGAGGGUGGAAUGGGAAGCAUCGAGGUUCUCUUUCGGGUACGACAACUACACCCACUGCUACUACAACAAACGGCAGGCUGACGGGACGGAGAUCGGGCCGGUGCCGUUUGUGUCGGGGCUCAUCAACGGCAAAGGCCGUAGAUUUGAUGACUUCGGAGAGGCUGAGAAUACAGACGUGCCCCUGGAGGUGUUUGAGGUGAGUCAAGGCGACAACUACCGGUUCCGGGUGAUCAGUGCAGCGAUGAUCUACGCGUACCGGGUCUCCAUCGACCAGCACGAGCUCACCAUGAUCGCUACAGACGGCAACAGAAUUUCCAGACAGCCUGCUGAGUCGUUUAUCAUCAACACGGGUGAGAGGUACGACUUCUACAUCACCGCAAACCAGCCGGUCCGCAACUACUGGAUCCGCGCUGAAACACUGGAGACGACCGACAUCUACGGGAAACCAGUGCGUCCCCAUUCGGCGAUGGCCAUCCUGCGCUACGAAGGUGCUGACAAAAACCAAGACCCAACCACUUCCAGGAGGACCUGUACUGACACCAAUACUUGCACUGUGGUGAACUGCCCGUUCCAGAACUACAUAUCCUCGACGUUUACCCAGUGUGUCAACGUGAACCAGCUCAGAUCUAUGCAGCCUAACACAAGUGUGCCAGAGUUCGAGCUGGGAAAGUGGGAGGAACACUUCAUCAACUUUCACUUCGCCGGCAACGAUCUGGAUGGAGCCCAGAGAUCCUCCGUGAACGGGCAUCGGUUCAUUCCUCCCAGCGCUCCUCCAGCGGUUGACCGCAAAGGUCUGGGUAUGACCCCAUGCCUGAAAAGCGAGUGCAGCGAUGAGAAGUUCUGUGAAUGUACUUAUCAUAUCAACAUCACCCAUGGCAACGUCGUACAACUGGUUCUCUACAAUAUGGGGACGGGAGGCGGUAUCAACGGCACUGCCCAUCCCGUGCACAUCCACGGUCACCACUUCUACGUGUUGGACAUGGGCUUCCCGGAGUACAAUAAGACCACGGGCAGGUUUCUCAACCAAAGCACAGACAUCGACUGUGCGGACAAUCAGACUUGCAACGGCAGGAAAUGGACGAACCCCUCCUGGCAGAACGGCGGAAAGCCCGGGUUGAACACCGAGAACCCUCCCCUGAAGGACACCGUGAUCGUGCCGGUGGGAGGGUACGUGGUGCUGCGCUUCCGGGCAGACAAUCCAGGCUGGUGGUUCGUGCACUGUCAUAUCGAGAUCCAUCAGCUGGAGGGGAUGGCCAUGAUGCUCCGGGAGGGGACGGAGGACCAGAUGAACCCCCCACCCCCGGGAUUCCCCACCUGUGGGGGCUUCGACUGGACCGCCGAGGAGUUCGAGAAGGCACAGGCUGGCUUGGACAAUGUGCCUGGCAACUCAGGAUCCAGUAUUUGGACACAAUCGACGUACGUGUGA